UCCCCUAGGCUGGAGAUAGACGUGAACUUGAGGUUCGCCGUCGAGAAGGGCAGUCGACGACCGGCAGAGUCACAGUCGUCACCGCCCCAAUCCUCGGCUGAAGGGAAGGUGACACGGGGUCACCGCUGGAGACUCUACUCUCAGAGAGGGCUGAGUCAAGCGGCCCCACAGGCCCUGGGUCCGGGUCCCGGCGGGGCCUGGGGGGUCCUCUAGGGUUCCUCCCCACCCCCACGCGCGGUCCGCCGCUCCCCAGGCCCCCCUCCCUUUCCUGACCGCCGCCCCCGGCGGCUGGCGCGGGAGGUGCAGCAUGCGGCAAAGCGCUUUGCAUAAAUUAUGCUCAUGACGCAGCAGCUAAAAAAAUCCAAGUAGCAGAAGGAGGGGAAGGGGGGGAGCAGGGAGGAGGGGGCGAGGAGGGGACUGCACCUGGCCGCCCCCGCCCCCGGCGUCCCGGCCCGCGCGUGGCCCGCAACCCACCGCCGCACCGCUCUGCCAGCCCCGGCGGGGGGCCCGGGGGGCGGCGGGUCCCGAGUGGCUCCGGGCCGAGCGAGCCGGGCCGAGCCGCUCCGGCUUCUUUGUCUGCGGGCGGCCGCCUGGGCCGCGGCCCCCUGGCCCGGGUUGGGAGAUGAGUGUCUAGUCGGUGGCCGCUGGGCAGCCGGGGAGCGGGAGGCUGGGCUUCGGGCUCCGGAAGCCUGUCUAGGGAAACACUGAUGUCCAGACCCCUCUCAACCUUUGCCUAAGGUUCUGAGUGUCUCUUAGCUCCACCUUGGGCUCUUCUGGGUGUGCCGUCACCCCCUUGGACUAGGGGACCCCAGAGACAGAUAGUCUGGAAACUCCAACACUGUGUCACACCAGCCUUUGCUCUCCUGCUCCUAUCUUACCCAGGAUGCACUAGGUGUGGGCUGGCCCCCACGCCACGCCGCAGUGACCAUGGAUCCUGGAGCUGGCUCUGACUCAUCUCUGACUGUGAAUGAGCAGGUCAUUGUGAUGUCUGGCCACGAGACCAUCCGAGUGUUGGAAGUCGGAGUGGAUGCUCAGCUCCCGGCUGAGGAGGAGAGCAAAGGACUGGAGAGUGUGGCCGCUGACGGCACCCAGAGUGGGGGCUCUACCGAAGCCAGUGAACCUGCUGGUGAAGCUGGGCCACAUGACCCAGACCGUUCUGCAGAAUCAACUGUGAAGUCUCUCCCCGGGAUCCCUCCAUGUCCUGCCUCAGCCAUCACCACCUUCAGCCAAGCCCCAAGCCAGCCUCAAGCAUCACAGACCCUGACGCCCCUGGCUGUACAAGCUGCCCCCCAGGUCUUGACUCAGGAAAACUUAGCCACAGUUCUGACAGGAGUUGUGGUUCCGGCAGGGGCGGUUACUCAACCUCUUCUUAUCCCCAUCAGUAUUGCAGGUCAAGUGUCUGGGCAGCAGGGGCUGGCCGUGUGGACAAUCCCUACAGCAGCCGUGGCUGCCCUCCCUGGACUGACCGCUGCUUCUGCUACAGGGGCAGUCUUCAAAUCACCUUUAGCUGGGCUCCAAGCAGCUGCCGUGCUGAACACCGCCCUCCCGACACCUGUACAAGCCGCCCCACAAGUCCAGGCCUCCUCGCCAGCCCAGCCCCGGCCACCAGCUCAGCCCCAGACGCUGUUCCAGACCCAGCCGCUGCUACAGACCACGCCUGCCAUACUCCCACAGCCCACUGCCACCGCUGUCACCGCCCCCACCCCAAAGCCAGUGGAUACCACCCCGCAGAUCACCGUCCAGCCCGCUGGCUUCGCGUUUAGCCCAGGGAUCAUCAGUGCUUCUUCCCUCGGGGGACAGACCCAGAUCCUGGGCUCCCUCACUACAGCUCCAGUCAUUACCAACGCCAUUCCCAGCAUGCCGGGGAUCAGCAGUCAGAUCCUCACCAAUGCUCAGGGACAGGUUAUUGGAGCACUUCCGUGGGUAGUGAACUCGGCUAGUGUGGCCGCACCAGCACCAGCACAGAGCCUGCAGGUCCAAGCUGUGACUCCCCAACUCUUGUUGAAUGCCCAAGGCCAGGUGAUCGCAACCCUAGCCAGCAGCCCCCUGCCUCAACCUGUGGCUGUCCGGAAGCCUAACACACCGGAGUCCCCUGCUAAGAGUGAGGUGCAGCCUAUCCAGCCGACACCAGCUGCACCCCAGCCUGCCAUGGUCGUCACCAGCCCGGCCCCAGGCGCCAAGCCGUUGGCUUCAGCCCCCAUCCCGAUCACCUGCUCAGAGACCCCAACUGUCAGUCAGUUGGUAUCAAAGCCUCACACUCCAAGCCUGGAUGAGGACGGGAUCAACUUAGAGGAGAUUCGGGAGUUUGCCAAGAAUUUUAAGAUCCGGCGGCUCUCCCUGGGUCUCACACAGACCCAGGUGGGCCAGGCUUUGACUGCGACAGAGGGUCCAGCCUACAGCCAAUCGGCCAUCUGCCGGUUUGAGAAGCUGGACAUCACACCCAAGAGUGCCCAGAAACUGAAGCCAGUUCUGGAGAAGUGGUUGAACGAAGCGGAGCUCCGGAACCAGGAAGGCCAGCAGAAUCUGAUGGAGUUUGUGGGCGGCGAGCCCUCCAAGAAACGCAAGCGGCGCACCUCCUUCACACCACAGGCCAUAGAGGCUCUCAAUGCCUACUUUGAGAAGAACCCCCUGCCCACAGGCCAGGAGAUCACCGAGAUCGCCAAGGAGCUCAACUAUGACCGUGAGGUGGUACGGGUCUGGUUCUGUAAUCGACGCCAGACACUCAAAAACACCAGCAAGCUGAAUGUCUUUCAGAUCCCUUAGGGCUUCGCCUCAGCCCUCAUUCCAGCACUUUGUACCCCCCUCAGCUACCGGCUGCCGUGGCUGCAAUGACAGUCCCACGCACACCUGUGCUUGCCCUGGGUCAUGAGACCUCCCCUGUGCAUGUGUGUCAAUGCCUGCCUCUUCUGCCCACAUAUGUCACACCCUGGGGAGGCCCAAGGGGCUGCAUGAGAGACCUAGGCUCUGGGCUGGGCACAUGGAAGGAGGGGAUUUGUGUUGUCCUUUCGAAAAGCACUUUGCCAACAUGGUUUCUGAAGGGUGAAUUCUGGUUGGGAACCAGAAAGGCUCUGUCUUUGGGACAGGGUUGUAGCAACUCUUGGGGGCCACUGUGCAUUAGCUCUUGUUUUUGGUGGCACUCACCACCCUUGCCCUUGGCUCCCCUGUGGUUGUACUGGUAAGACAGCUCACCCAGGGAGAUCUCAGCCGCACACUGCCCUCCUUUACUUUGUACACGGGCACAUUGAACCCUUUAAAGGACCAAGAAGAUGGAAUUCAGAGACGUGUGACUCACUGUCUGCCUUGACCUCAAGGGCAGAAGGUCCCCAAAGCUGUGAGGUCAGGUGCCGUGAGGUCCCUCCCGGGGUCCUGGGGGUAGCGGGAACGAAGCAGAACCUUUUCCUCUGCAAACCAAGUUGGAAGGGAGGCAACGGCGAACUCUCCGGUCCUGGAGAGUCUUGGGUCUGUUGUAAGUCUGGAGUUGAGUAAAUAAGGCCAUCUGCCCAGGUUUUAAUCUAACUUUCGUCCAUGGCUGUCCCCCCUCCCCAAAAGCUCUCUAAAGAGAGCGUUCAGCUUGGGGACAUUUCCACUGCCCACUUACGCAGGCACAGAUACUGGCUUUCUCCCUCUCUCUUAUGCCCACACCCAUCUCAGUCCAGUAUUGAGGCCUCUUUAAAGGAGCAACUUGAAUGAUAAGCCAGACAGUAUCCAGAAAGAUGGUGGUCCAGGAAGGUCUCGCCGAGGCUGACUUACCUCUGGUUUCCUCUGUAACUUUAAGUCUUGGACGCUGGAUUCCUCUCACUCUGUCCGAUUGAAGACCAAGUCUGUGUGUGAGCAGCUCCUGUCCCUACCCCACCCCUGCAACACUCCUCUGAGCCCAGAGGGCCCCAGGUCAGGAUGGACUCUGCCUCUGUAGGUGAAGGCACACUGAGGGCUGGCAUCCUAUCCAAGUAAGUCACUGUGAGCUUCCAGCCCUUUCACUGCAGUGUGUUGGCUGGGGAGUGUAGCUCAGUGAUAGAGAACUUAGCAUGUGCAAGGCUCCAGAUUCAGUUUCUAGCACCGAGUCGGGAGGGGUGGGGGGAGAGCUAAGAUGUUUGCCCAAAUGACCCCAGACUUGCCGUGUAGACUGUCUCUGACAGGCUGCAAGCUGCAGGGGUCAACCAUUUCACUACUUUUUGUUCGGUUUGCUGUUUUGUUUCUUGAGAUAGGAUCUCACUUAGCCCAGGCUGACU